AAGCGACGUUGCUUGUGUCACCAUGGUGAUGGGGCUGUGCUCGGGGAGGUUGUGAUGGGUUGACAGGUGCGUGACAAUCGGAGCUCUCUGCAAGCAUGUACGCCAAAGGCAAGAGUAACAACGUGCCGUCCGACAGCCAAGCCAGAGAAAAGUUAGCUCUCUAUGUGUAUGAGUACCUGCUGCACGUGGGGGCACAGAAGUCAGCACAGACCUUCCUCUCAGAGAUCCGAUGGGAGAAGAACAUCACAUUAGGAGAGCCCCCAGGGUUCCUCCACUCUUGGUGGUGUGUGUUCUGGGACCUGUACUGUGCAGCCCCAGAGAGGAGAGAAACAUGUGAGCACUCCAGUGAGGCCAAGGCCUUCCAUGACUAUAGUGCAGCAGCAGCACCCAGUCCCAUCCUUGGGAACCUUCCCACAGGAGAGGGAAUGCCAGUGGGUCCUGUACCUCCAGGAUUCUUCCAGUCGUUCAUGUCACCUCGUUAUCCUGGUGGGCCCAGACCUCCCCUCAGAAUACCUAAUCAGGCAAUGGGGGUCCAUGGUAACCAGCCUAUGCUACCCAGCGGAAUGGACCCCACAAGACAGCAAGGGCAUCCAAAUAUGGGCGGGCCCAUGCAGCGAAUGACUCCACCCAGAGGGAUGGUCCCUCUUGCGCCACAGAACUACGGUGGAGGGAUGAGACCUCCUCUAAAUGCACUCGUUGGCCCUGGGAUGCCUGGCAUGAACAUGGGACCUGGUGGGGGUAGACCUUGGCCAAAUCCUCAAAACGCCAACUCAAUCCCCUACUCCUCUGCAUCUCCAGGAAGUUAUGUGGGUCCGCCGGGAGGAGGGGGGCCACCUGGUACUCCAAUAAUGCCCAGCCCAGCAGACUCGACUAACUCCGGUGACAACAUAUACACCAUGAUCAACACAGUCCCCCCUGGUGGAAACAGACCAAAUUUUCCAAUGGGUGCCGGUGCAGACGGUCCAAUGGGAGGGAUGGCAGGAAUGGAGCCACAUCACAUGAAUGGAUCGCUAGGGUCUGGUGACAUGGAUAGCCUCCCUAAGAACUCUCCUGGUAACCUGAGUAUGAGUAACCAGCCGGGGACCCCCAGAGAUGACGGCGAGAUGGGGGGCAACUUCCUCAACCCCUUUCAGAACGAGAGCUAUUCUCCAAACAUGACGAUGAGUGUGUGAAGGCUCCGCCAGCUGGUCAGUUAGUGGUGUGGAUUGGUGGAAGAGACAGGACGUGAUGUCAUCUAUGCCCAGUGGCUCUUCCUCUCUGUGCCCUCUCUACCAGGACAGUGGACCCAGGCCUCGUUCUCCCCCUGGCCUCUAUCUGUGUUUGUUCUCUUCUUCCGUUUCCUCUCACUUUUACACUUGUGACCUUCUGCUUCGUUCAUCACCUACCAUCAGAGACUGUAUGAAAGGAACCUCCAUUCUAACAAACCAGGAAAUAAAAAUCUCUGUAUAUUUAUAAAUGUAUGUCACUGUGCAUACUCUCAGUCAUGCUAACACAGAAAGAUGUACCAUGCUCCACCAUCUUGUGGAAAAGACACUGAAAACCCUCAAGUGUAAAGAAAUCUGAGCAGGUAGCUUUCUGGCUCCCCACCUGCAUUCGUUAUGAGUCUUUAGAUUUGAUGGGCAUGAUGGCAACCACAGUCUAUGAUUGGAUGAAUUGAGAUGACAACUUCAGUCUCAUUGGAUAUACAACAACCUGGAAUAAAGCCUAUUUAAUGGUAUCCUCCGUCUCUCAUUGGAUGAAGAUUAUGGCAACCACAGUCUUUGAUUGGAGAGGGGCGACAGCUUCAGUGAUUUGAGAUCUUUGUCCCACAGUGAACAUUCACCAAUGUUUUUUUUUCUUUUUUUUCACCUCCAUACACUUGAAUCUGAUGUGCUAUGUUGAGAGAGAUCAUUCAGUACAGUAUGGGCCAUGUUUUCAAUGUUGUUUUUUAUUAGUUGGUUGAUUUUGUUUGGCAUGGUGACUGGUUUGAGAAUAUACACCUGCUUGUUGAGCUGUACACUGUGUAAGUGUACUGGCUAGAGAGUACUGUAAGGCCACAUCUUAUCAUUUACUGGGAGCAAUGUUCAUCCUUAUAUCUAUGUCUUGACUACGAGCAUCAACACCUAAAAACAAAGAGAUUUGCCAAUCUAACGAUGACACAUCUGAGAUGGAGAGAACAGAGAAAAUGCAAGCAGUUGGUUGUCUGAAAGAGAACUAUUUUCUGCCUUGUCAAAAGGAUGCAAUGUGUUGUGAUUUUUCAAAGAAUGCAAGACUGUAGAUUGAACGAAAAAGGAAAACUAAAAGUGCAGCAAUUGGUGACAAUAGUUGUAGGGAUUUUUGUGUGAAGGUAUUAUUAAAAACAUGCAUUUAAAUCAUUCUCUUAAUUAAUUUAUUAUUGUCAUCCGGAAAAACUGUGAUCUUAAUGUAUUUUGGAGAGUAUGUGUAGAGGUAAAAUAGCUGUGUUUUGUAUUAUUUUAAACCUACUCCUCAGCCCAUGUUAGUUUAUUAUGAUAAUAUUUAGUCCAUGACGUUAUUAUUUAGUCCAGGAUUUUACUAUUCCCUCCCGUAGAUCUAAAACUCAUAAAUCUAACUCCUCUUCUUUGUGUAUCUAACACAUGGAGGGAUGGACAGAAAGAGAGAACGAAAGAGAGAGGGGAAAGAUGAACUAGGGGACACCAAUACAGAGCCGUUUGUUUUAAUGUUAGUUUAAAGUCACAAGUAUGAAUAAUGAAAGAUGCAUAUAUUUUUUUCUUUUUAAAUUUGACAAUUUACACAUUUUUGGAUUCCAAAUGUUGGUUGUUUGUUUCCAUUUGUGAUGUGUUCAUUUUCUUCCAUUUUCUGUUAUUCUUUUAUUUUUACCUCUUUAUGUUUUGUAAAUACACUGAGAAGUACUACAUGGGUUUUGAAUAUGCUGGUAUAAAGCUUCUCUUCCCUCAUUAAUAA